AUGGAUCACCCAAAUGUUAGUUAUGAGAUUUUGAGGGAAUUCCUUGCCUUUGAGUCCGACUCUGAAGAUGAGUUGGAGCAGCUUUUUAAUGCACGAGAGACAGAUGAUCAAGAAGCAAAUGGGAGGAGACGAACUGGCCACCGUGGUUCCAUUCCAGGCCAUAGAAUUGUUCAACGUAAUCAUGUUGACGGUCACUCCAGAUUGUGGAAUGACUAUUUCAAGCCAGAUCCUGUUUACCACGAAGGUCUAUUCAGGAGAAGAUUUCGAAUGAGUCGAAAUCUUUUUCUCCGUAUUGCAAAUGCUGUGGUAGCGAAUGAUGCAUAUUUUGUCCAGAGACGGAAUGCAGCUGGAGUUUUAGGGCUCUCUGCUCUUCAAAAGAUCACCGCAGCGGUUAGGAUCCUUGCAUACGGGAGUCCAUCAGACUCUUUGGACGAGUAUAUACAGAUUGGUGAGAGUACUGCAAUUGCAAGUUUAAGAAGAUUUGUUAAAGGAGUCGUUACAGUAUUCGGAGAAAGGUACCUGAGGGCACCCGACCAAAACGAUGUUCAACGUUUAUUAGCACAAAAUGAAGAACGUGGUUUUCCUGGUAUGCUUAGAAGUAUUGAUUGUAUGCACUGGUAA